AUGACAAGUUUAGAGGAAGAUGAGUUGGUACAAAUGGUGCAAGAUUUUAUAGAAUCCGAAUCAACAUCUCCCACAAGUUCCGCUUCCUCAAAUUGCCACACCUUAAACCACAGAACCCAAUAUUUUAUUUUACAGGAUAUUCUAAGGAGUGAGGGUGAUGCAGCAUCUGAGGCUAAGGUGUUGAAGUGUGUGUUGAAGCAUAUGAGAAAUAGAAAGGGUGCUGAGAAAACAACAAGUCUAAGUAGAUGGCUUAUUAUGAAGAUGAAAAUGGAUGGUUUUAAUGCUUCAAUAUGCCACACUUCUUGGUCCACCUCUUUGGGUUGUCCUGCUGGUGAAUACGAGUAUAUUGAAGUGAUGGUAGAGGGUGAGAAGAAUGCGAGUCUUAUAGUAGAUAUAGACUUCAGGUCGCAAUUUGAACUUGCAAGGCCUACACAGCAAUACAAGGAAUUGACAGACUCACUCCCAGUGAUUUUUGUUGGGGCUGAGACCAAACUUUGCAAAAUAACUUCCCUUUUAUGUUCUGCUGCCAAACAGUGCCUAAGAGAGAAGGGUCUCCACGUGCCACCAUGGAGAACCGCUUCAUACAUGCAAGCCAAGUGGCUCUCUGUGACCCGUAAAGAGCCUAGCCAUGCAAGUGAUGAUGAAAGGGAAACUUAUGAGGGAUUAAAGGGUGAUGAACAUGGUAAUAUUAAUGGUAACUGGGUACCUCCAUUACUGAAACCAAAGAAAAGGGAUUUGGGUGGUGGAUCUGGUUUGUCGAGUCAGUUGUCUGACAUGAGUGUAAAUUGUUGCUAGGGGAGUCUCUGAAACACCCAAUUUUGGUCACAUUUCUUCUUUUUUGUUCUUUCUGCUGGAUUCGGUGAUCAUCAUCACAGUAUUUUUCGUUGUCAAUUUUUUUUAUACUAUUCACAUAGUAGCACAAGUAUUUCUUUUUAAUUAUUUUUAUAUACAUAUUUCACAUAAUAUUACAACAUUAAUGUGUACUCGUGAGUCGUGGGCGAAGCAUAAUUGUCACUUUUUGCUUUGUCACUUACGAUAGUGCAAUAAAAUAAGCACUUACCAUAGAAAAACACAAAUAAGAACUGCUAAAGUUACGUGAAUUUUUGAAGUUUAGUAUUUUGUGAGAAAACUGUGUCUGUAAUAUCCAAUGGAGGAUCCUGUUGUUGAAUAAAUGAAUAUCCUUCUCCCUUUCCUUUUU